AUUUGGCGGUGCUGAUUGGGUUAUGUGGAUUUGUAUCAUGGCUAUGGCAUCUUAACUGUGGUUUAAGUACCUUUUUUUCAUUCAAGGGUUUGUGGGUGUUACAGGUCAGGCCAUCAAGCCAACAUUUAUUGCCCAUCCCUUGAGAACGUAGUAAUGAACUUCCGUCUUGAACACAGUUGAGUGCCUUGCCAAGGCAUUUCAGAGGGCAGUUAAGAGUCAACCAUGUUGCUGUGGAUCUGGAGUCACAUCGGCCAGACUGGGUUGUAGAUAUGUGGCAACAGUGGAACUGACGGCAGAGCAAAGUGCCCAAAUAAACACUUCCAGGGCAACAUGUAGACUAAUUUGGGUUGAACAGAGGAACACAUUCCUGCACAGAAAUUGGUAAUGGUGUUAAUUUGCUGCUGAAAGGCGCCAGUCGGGCCGUGGAUGGUUGGGGGUGGAAGAAAGGAAGAAGAGAGCUUAAAACAGUCACUAUGACGUCCUCAUCUCUUCGGAGACAGAUGAAAAACAUUGUGAACAAUUAUUCGGAAGCGGAGAUAAAAGUCCGAGAGGCCACGUCAAACGAUCCAUGGGGCCCCUCAAGUUCGCUGAUGGCCGAAAUCUCUGACCUGACGUACAACGUGGUGGCUUUUUCAGAGAUCAUGAGCAUGAUUUGGAAACGCCUCAAUGACCACGGGAAGAACUGGCGUCAUGUGUACAAGGCUCUGAUGUUGAUGGACUACUUGAUCAAGACAGGCUCUGAGCGUGUGGCACAACAGUGCAAGGAAAAUGUCUUUGCCAUUCAGACGUUGAAGGAUUUUCAGUAUAUCGAUCGGGAUGGGAGGGACCAGGGCAUCAAUGUGCGGGAGAAAUCAAAACAGCUCAUUGCGUUACUGAAGGAUGACGAGCGGCUUCGGGUUGAGCGCAGUCACGCACUGAAAACAAAAGAGCGGAUGUCGAGUGUGACGACUGCGGUGGGCAGCAAUAACCAGAUCAUGUUCGGGCGUGGCUCCAGCCACCCAAACCUGUCCACGAGCCAAUCAGAUGAGUGUGGCAAAGUGGGUGGAUCGCCUGCUUCCUACCAUGGCUCAACUUCACCGAAGAUCUCCUCUGAACUCGAGCAGACGAGGCCUCAGACCAGCGGUGAAGAGGAGCUACAGCUACAGUUGGCACUGGCCAUGAGUCGGGAAGAGGCUGAACAGAUUUUCAAAAGUGCCACAACAGCUGGUAGCCAGCCAAGGAACACCGUGAUGACCCUGAGUACGCAGGAUGAGCAGCGUCGCCGUGGAGAUGACCUGCGUCUACAGUUGGCAUUGGAAGAGAGCCGACAGAAGCUGCAAAUGCCAGUCGUGGGCCCCCACAAAACUGAGACUGCUUUACUGGAUCUGACAGACUCCACACCAUCUCCCCUGACACACAAAUCUGAUCCCUGGGGAACACCUUUGCCAUCAGCGUCCACUGCCAAGCCUGACCCAUGGGCAGCUGUGUCCCGUCCAGUAUCCGCUGAUCCUUGGAAGCAGAUGGGUUCCAGACUGGCUGCUGCUUCCUCAGACCCGUGGGGAUCUUCAAGCCGUCGCUUGUCAGGAGAGCAACAGCCAAGAAGCACAGACCCCUGGGGUUCAGCUUCAGCAGUGUCUGACCGAGACCCCUGGGCUCCUACCUCUCCUACAGUGGCUUCCCCAUUCCACUCUCUCAGUGCUGCUGAUGCAGCUGUGACCGAUGAUUUCUCUGCGUUCAGCCAUCUGCGUGGAUCACCCAGGAAAGCAGAAGGCCAGGGCGUAGAUGGUCGAGGUCGUGGGUUUGGAAGCUGCUGUCUAAGGAGCCUUGGCAAGUUUGAGGUACUGGGUGAUGGUCUGACCACUGCAGCCACAUCUGUCAUCACGCGCUGCCCCGACGUCUUUGACAUGUCCUCCAUGUCGAGCACUGUGAUCUCCAAGCUGCCCUCACCCAAGCAUCAGCCAACCACACACAGGAACCCUGAAUCCUUCCUGGGCCCAAAUGCUUCGCUGGUAAACCUGGACACCCUCAUUACCCGCACGACGCAUCCAAGCGUGAGCACCAACCCCUUCCUGGCACAGGGCGCACCUGCUGUUUCAGCGAACCCAUUCCACACCACUUCCGCACAAAUGUCCAGCUCCAUGAUGGCCGUGACCCAGACUCCAUUUGGACCCGUCAGUGUGAGCGCUGCCUCCUUCACGAUGCCCAGAGUCGGGGCUGCUCCCGUGGUAACCGUGCCAGUCAUGCGGAUGCCACAGAGCACCGGUGUGCAAGGGAUGAUGGGGUCAACCUAUGUUACCAUGGCAGCCCCUCCUGCCUCUGGACAGUCUGCAAGCUCCACCAAUCCAUUUUUAUUAUGAUCCCUGUCUCGGCUCAUGUUUAAGUGAUCUGUUUUAUAACUGUGGUUUCCCUCUAGCCUCUAAAAUUCCAGUCUGAAAUAUCCUGAGUUCUUCCUUUUUGGACAAUUGUGAGAAUGUCAUUAAGAUGCAAGAAAGGUUGUGUGUGUUAAAUCACACUUGGCCGUCCUGGACUGAGAAGUGACACAUCUGGUUUAACAGUUCAGUAAGGUCUGUUGAGUGUGAGCAGGGAAGUUGAUUGCAGCUUGCUGUGCCGAUUGUGUAAAUGUAGAGAUGCAGGAAUAACUUGUAUUUCCAGCUUUGCUUCAUCACAGUGACGGAAUCCGGUGGGAAUCCCAAUUUGGCAAGUCUACCCAGUAACCCAAAUUCCCCUAGCCAUCAGGAGCAGAACGCUGGCUGUCUGGUGGAGUUGGUCAGUUUUGUGCAGCUAAGUUACCAUGAAUGUGGCACGUGCGCAUGAGGCUUCAGUGCUGCGCUGCCUUAUUUUGUGACUCUGACCAACGGUAGAGGGUGGGCGAGAAACAAAGCCAGGGCCUUUAGUCUGAUUGCAGGCUCUCGGCCCCUCCGUUUCCCAGCAAGGAUUCGCUGGUGGGAAAUGUGUGUUUUUUGCAGAGAGGAUGUCAUGCAUUACAGCAGCUCCCAAAUAUAAGUUUCUGGAUCCCACAAACCCUGUCCAAGUCUGUCCUGUUCCUGGUCAGUUCUAUGGGAUGUAGCCUCUAGAUCUGGAUAAAAGCUCUGCUGCUCACAAUGCAGCCUCCUGUCUUCCUCCUUCUCUUGUGCUGGCUUGUUACCAGGUGCUGGGUGCUAUUUCACAUCCUACCAGACUGGCCCUGGGAUUUUUCACACCAUCUGAAGUUUGAUUUUGUUCUCUCCUUUUUUCCCCUCACUCCUGUUGCACUGUUCGAAGGAACUCUGGCUCCUUCAUUAGUGACACUGUAAUAGUUGAAUAGCUGCAUAGUUUUCUAAUGGAGCUGUCUGCAGUGCUUUCACAGACUGGUGGUUUGGGGUUUAUUUUUGUCACUAUAAGCACUGUAGGGAAGUUCGAUUGCAGAUCUGUGUCACGUAGUUACCUCCUCAGCCAGUCACCUUUUGCAAGCCAUUGAAUUCUUGCUGAUAGCUCUGGCCUUGCAGGUUGUUUCGAGACUUUACAGCUCGAUGCUGGAUUCUGUCCGGCUUGCUGCCAGUGCUUUUAUUGAAAAAAUGUUUACAUUUUGUUGUUUAUACGUGUUUACGAUCCGCUCUGUUUUAUUUGUCGGCUCAAGAGACAGGACUCAGGUCAUGACGAUAGUGUUGAGAGAUGCAACAUUCUGCAGAGAUGUGCUUAUUCCCUCACCCCAGCACCAGCCGUGACUUCACUCGAUGGAAUGAAUCAUUCCACCAGUGUUUUUUAAAAAGGGGGAACAUCAAGGUCAAGACCACUGACUUUGGGGGUGGGGGGUGGUGCGGGGCUGAUGAUGUUUCACUGACAAACAGGGCAAUUGUAGAAUGCAAUCCUCAGAACACUAGUUAGAUUCCCAGCAGAACUCGGAUCAUUAGACAAGUGAAUAAAGUAGUUUAAUUUUUGAGUGGUUUAGAGGGCUGUGCAGAAAAACCUAGAAGCAAAUGCUGCAGCUGUCACCUGCCUGUCUUGUGCCCGGCAGCUUCUUGGGUGUGAUCAGUACUGCUUUCACUGGUCCCAGUAAAUACUUCCAGCAGUUGGCAGCAGACACACACCUGGUUGCUGUUGAACCUCAUUUGGGCAAGCUGAGCUAAGUUUUUUGAAUAUGUUCCAGAGUUAGGAAUUGAUAUUUACCAAUGCACACCCCAGCUUGCUGCAACAGCAGCGUCCCUCCUAAACUGCCCAGAGGCUUCAGGAGACUCCCCACUCUUGUAUCAGUGACAAUGGGACGACAUCAGACACAGCAAUAAGAAUUUUAAACUUUUUAAAUCUUUAGACAGCUGCCUGAAUUUAGUGCUUCUCUGAAGAUGUGGGGCCUCAGGAAUGAUAAAGAGUGAA